UCCGGAAACAGCCACCCUGAUGCAGGUAGCGGACAGUUAGCAGCAGCGGCUCCACACGGUUCAUGGUCGGCGUUUGCAGGACUCCCCUCUGACUCGCAGCUAAAUCAGCUCGAGUCGGGCUUCGCUGAAGUUGCUUUGGCUCGCUGUCCCUCUCUGUUUACCUGUUCGGCAGCUAACAUCAUGGCGACCACGGAUCCCCGCUUCUCGAGUAACGGCGGGCCCGCCAGCAGAGGAGGGUUUCCCGCAGGAGAGAGCAGCAGCGACCGCGACGGUCCUGGCGGCAGCAGCAGCGGCGGCGGGGAAGGCGAGCGGGAACGGGCCACCUUCGAGUGCAACAUUUGCUUGGACACCGCCAGAGACGCUGUCAUCAGUAUGUGCGGCCACUUAUUCUGCUGGCCCUGCCUUCAUCAAUGGUUGGAGACGCGGCCCACCAGGCAGCAGUGUCCCGUCUGCAAGGCGGGCAUCAGUAGAGAAAAAGUCAUCCCGCUCUACGGCAGAGGGAGCUCCAGUCAGGAGGACCCCAGGUUGAAAACUCCCCCUCGGCCUCAGGGACAGAGAACAGAGCCUGAGAGCAGAGGAGGGAUGUUCCCUGGUUUUGGAGAAACAGGCUUUCACAUGUCUUUUGGGAUCGGUGCGUUCCCAUUCGGCUUUUUCACCACAGUCUUUAAUGCCAACGACCCCUUCCACAGAGCAGACCAGUAUGCAGGGGAUCACCAAGGCAACGGUAACCUCAACAAUGGCAACAACAACUGGCAGGACUCCCUCUUCCUGUUUGUGGCCAUCAUCUUCUUCUUCUGGCUGCUGAGUGUGUGAGGACGAAGGCUGGGAAGGAGGAGCCCAAAUACACAAAUAAAAAACAGACUGGAGCCACUGACACUCACACACCCACACACACUUUUUCAUUAUGUAACCUGAGCGAGUGUGGAGAGUCUGAUGCUUAGAGAAAACAAGAAAUACAGGUUUUCUCCUCCUUACAAAAUUAGAUCACUCCACCCCAAACACACACCUGCUGUAUUAAUGUAGUUUAUGCAACACUCUAUCCCAACGUAAUUCACAGUCUAGGGCCACACAGAGGGGGGGUAUGUUGACUGUUCAGUGACAGUAUUAAAUGUUCAGGGUGAGCCGUUUGAAGCCUUUCUCUUUAAGCUGUAGAUGGAAACACGACCAAUUUAGUGCUUAUGG